CUUUUGAAAUGGCAAGUGACGAAUUUAACGAAGCUGAUCUGUGUUUUAUUAGCAAUGUUAAGACAAAUAUAUUUGAUGAAAUUCUGGAUUCUUAUGGGCAACUUCGAUCUGAGGAAAGUAAUAGCUUAGUAGAAUCUGAGGCUGAAACUGAUUUGACUAAUUCGGAGGAGGGAUUAUAUCCCUUAACUAAAGGGCAAAGUUUUACUGAUUGGAAAGAUGUUGAAAAGAGGGUUAAAACCUAA